UCAAUAUGUUAACCAUUCCAAAUAACUAGCAGAAAAGUAGAACCACCGUUCGUCUACCUCGUUGUUAACAGGUAGUCUCCGCAAGAGCACAUAAGAAUUAGGUUGGACUUUGGAGGUUAUUUAACGGCCUUGCCUCAAUACUCUCUUUCAUCAAACACUUAAACAUCAUCAUGCAUAUGAUAUGCUAUUGGCUCAUAAACAGUUAAGUUAGUUACCACUUUCCAACAAAACACAUGCAUGUUUGUUUCCCUAUGUUCUCUAUAAUGGCCUAUUAUAAACCAUGUACCAUAAAAUUGUCAAAGGCAGGAGAAGAAGGCAACAAUAGCAAUAUUUUGUAUAAGCGAAGAAGUGCAUAGUUUGUAACCCUAACCCUAGCCACCAUGACUGUCUGCCCUACCGACGACCGUCAUGUGGCCGUGUUGGCGUUUCCCUAUGGCACACACGCAGCUCCACUCCUCAACCUCGUGCGAAGAGUCGCAGCAGAGGCUCCCCAAGUCACGUUCUCGUUCUUCAGCACCAAGAGGUCCAAUGCCUCCGUCUUCGCUGGCCUCAACGAGGAGCAACUUUUCAACAUAAAGCCCUAUGAGGUGGAUGAUGGGUUGCCAGAGAAUUAUGUUCCUUCAAAGAACCCCAAAGACGCCGUCGAGUUCUUCGUCAAGUCCAUGCCAAUGAACUAUAUGACCUCCAUGGAUGAAGCCGUGGCGAAGACAGGGAGGCACAUCACUUGCUUGGUCUCUGAUGCGUUUUUUUGGUUCUGUGCUGACUUGGCUGACGAAAUGCAUGCAAAGUGGGUUCCUCUGUGGACCGCAGGGCCUCAUCCUCUCCUUGCGCAUAUUUCCUCCAAGCAUAUCAGGGAAAAGUUGGGCCCCGAAGGAGUCCGGGAAAACAAAGAAAUCGAUUUUCUUACUGGUUUCUCUGGGCUAAAGGCUUCUGAUUUGCCUGGAGGAUUAACCGAAGAGCCAGAAGACCCUAUUUCAAUGAUGUUAGAAAAAAUGGGAGAAGCAUUGCCGCGAGCAACCGCAGUUGCCAUAAACUCCUUCGCUACAGUGCACCUUCCUAUUGCACACGAGCUAGAAUCCAGGUUCCACAAGCUACUGAACGUUGGUCCAUUCAUUUUGACAACGCCACAAACUGUUCCUCCAGAUGAGGAGGGGUGCUUACCGUGGCUGAACAAGCAAGAGGAUAGGUCAGUAGUGUACCUUAGCUUUGGAAGUUCAAUAAUGCCACCACCCCAUGAGUUGGCUGCAAUUGCAGAAGCCCUAGAAGAAGGUAAAUAUCCGUUUAUUUGGGCUUUUAGAGGCAAUCCUGAGAAGGAAUUGCCACAAGGGUUCUUGGAAAGGACAAAUACACAAGGGAAGGUUGUUGGGUGGGCCCCACAAAUGCUAAUCCUAAGACAUUCAGCGGUUGGUGUGUGCAUGACACAUGGUGGGUGGAACUCAGUGCUGGAUUGCAUAGUUGGUGGUGUGCCUAUGAUUAGUAGGCCAUUUUUCGGAGACCAGAUGUUGAACACUGCAACGAUGGAACAUGUGUGGGAGAUUGGGGUGGGACUUGAAAAUGGGAUUUUCACUAAGGAAGAAACUCUGAGAGCUUUGGAAUUGAUCAUGUCAAGUGAGAAAGGGAAGAUGAUGCGGCAAAAGAUGGAUGAACUCAAGGAUUUUGCAAUGGCAGCAGCGGGACAUGAAGGUGACUCUACGAAGAAUUUCUGUACUUUUUCAGAGAUUGUCACAGGUUCAACUUAUGAGCAACUACACGUGCAACAACAUGGUUUUCGAGGUAUCCGCAACAAAAUCGCAGGCGCAUUUGCUGCCGCGCAUUCCAGAUUUACUCGUCGCAAUAAUCCAAAGCAUUAAGGUUUUAGAAGCUUUUUGCAGGCACAAACAAUUGCAAGGUUGAAACAAUUAAGAAUAUCAGUUUCGAACCUUGGAUUUUGUUCUCUAAACGGUAGCUUAAUGAAUGCACACUUACUUGGUUUUGGUAGUAUAUAUUUGAAGGGCUCCUGAUUGUAUUCCUAAACUUGCAAAUCAACAAAAUAAUAAUGAACUUCGAUUUU